AUGCGGGUUUUACUUGGGUGAGGGGGUUUAGCUAAGCCUGCAAAUCUUUGUUCAGUUCAUCUUUGCUUUAGCCAUCUUGGUCGGCCCUGCUGCUGACCAAUCUAGAAAUGCAGGCUUUCCCGACAGCACCAAUCCAACUUUGGCAGCCUUUAGUAAUUGCAGAUAAGGUCAUCAAAGGCCUUCAAUGUAUGUGACAGCGUCAGGCUCGCGCUUGCUAUCUUUUUAAUCAAUCUGCUGUUGAACAACUGUCGAGUUGUCCCACUUUUCUAACCGCAGUGCCUCUCCUUUCACAGGAAAUAUUUGCCGUUUCAUUGUUGGGUGGGGUCUCAAAUAGCCUUUUCUCUUCGCAGCCGGGUGGAAAGCAUGUGCUCAUCUUAGUAAUCACACAAGGGUUAACAAGUCUGCUGUAGGCAUUAUGAUUAACUACGCGUGGCAUACAGCACCAGCAACACCCAAAUCCCGUUUUUUUCAUCUCGCCACUGUCUUCAGUGGGUUUUUGUGGGGUCCCCCCCACACGGUGGGAGGGAAGUUGAUUUUUGUAUCGCGUCUGCCUUUGGACAGCUGCCUAGUGUCAGCUGGUGGAUUCAGCGGUCUGUGUGUGGAGCUGAAUAGAGGGGAGGAGGGGUCAGGGAAUGGCUCUGCAAACACAUCCAUUUCUGUCCUCCACCCGACUGUCCUUAGUCAAGGGGGAAAAAAGGCUUUCCUUCUCAUUAUAGUGACCCUUCUGUUUAUUAGGAGGAAAGAAUGUCGGUUUGGAAGUGUGCUUUGUGAGCUGUGGUUAUCCUCUUGCCUUUUUGAUAUUCAGAUCACAUAUUAAGGCUAUCUGAUGUUUGUUUUUACCUUGACAUUGUUCCCUGUGCCUAAGCACAGGCCAUGAUGUAGCCUAGCCUGGAUUUGUCCAAUCAAAUGUUGGAACGGCUAUGCUGUCUGGAAUGAAAGCCAUCCCCUGUGUGUAACUGCUGCGGAAUUUCUGCCUGGCUCAAAUCGGCGGCUGUGGCUGGCUAGCCUGGCAGAUUGCAGGCGCAUGGAGUCAGCUGUAGCCAGGGGAGGGGAGAGAUUGGGAGUAUCCCUCAGCCUGACAGCCGGGGCUUAGGGAGUGGAGACCCUACCGUGGAUGGAGAGAGAGAGAGCGGGGGCUGCAUCAGAGCAAUAUGUUUGUAUUUGUCAUGUAUUGAUUUCAGCAGUGCUGCUGCUGAUCACUAUUGUGACAUGGUCUUUGUGUAUUUAGCAUGACCUGGGAGUGGGGGUGUCUGUUCAAUAGUGUGUGGCAGUCAGUUAAAUGAGUCCUGACCCUCCCUUUGUUGUCCUGCAGGGUGCUGCGGCCGCCGGGCGGGGCCUCCAACAUAUCGUUCGGCACAGACGAAGCCCCACCUGUACGCAAGAACAAAAUGGCCUCCAACAUUUUCCUAGAGCCCGACGACCCCCACGCCCAUCGGAGGAGCAACCCACCUGGUAUUUCCUAGCUACUCACAUUGGUUCAAAACUAGUGUACGCACACAUCCAACAAACGUCCACUGGGGCAGGGUACAAAAAUGUGGCAUGGCAAAAGAAGAAUACCUGCACACAUUGAGUGCUCGAACAAUGGGGCCCAAAAUGGGCAUCAAGCUGACAAAGACCCUUUGGGGUAAAACUAUGUGGGACGUUCAUUCAAUCAGUGUCCAGACUCCAGUCAUUCACAUUGGAUAAUGUGCAUAGUGUACAGUUUUUCCACCUGACCUACAUAGACUGACUUGUAGUACAGCAGGGCCUUGCUGAGGGAGCCACCUCUGUCUGUCAGGCUGGAUCUGGCUGUCCCUCCCUGGCUGUAGUAGUGUACACCUCACUGUUGAUCACAGAACAGUGGUCCUUAUUGCAGGCCCUGAUAGACAUCCAAAUGGCAGAAUGUUAUGGUAUAUAGGCUGCUGUACAUGGUGCCCAUCCAUACUGCUAAGUAUAGUGAGGAUUUUUAUUGUUGGAGAAAGCAGGCAAUGGUGAUCAGACAUUUCUAGUUGUGUACAGGCUAAACACAUUCCUAGACAAUGUCGGUUCAAUCAACAUCAAGUUGAAGCGAUAGUUUAUUAAGUAGACCUAGGCCUACAACUAGAGCAUAGCAAGGGACGUUCACAGUAUACAUGUAAAAUAAGGGUGUGGUGGGUACUGAUCUCACAUGGCACAGGAUCACGUUUUCACAAUCGCAUCACCCCUUUAUGUAGUAAUCCAUUUACUGGUGUAGCGGCGUAUCCGUGCCCACGCAUGAAGUGUGGAGAAUGUGGUGUGCAUGUGUGUUCACUGUAACCUCUGACCUCCGGAGCCGACAGCUGCAUGCAGUGUUCACACUCUGCUAUUCCACAUUGUCUUAAGCUAGGUUCAAGUUCAGUUCAGACAAAAGAACAGUGUCAUGGUAUGCACAUUUCAACGGAUACACCUGAAUUAUUUGGUUAGGUUGGCUUCGGUGCCGUCUCGUCUGGAAAUUGAGCACUUGGCUAGGCAAUUUUUUAUUAAUAUUACAUUAGUCUUGAAAUAUAUUUCCAUGGAUCCACCUGGAUUAUUUGGCUGUGUUUAUGUCUGGAUAUUCAUGGUUUGCAUGUACUGUUUUCUCUGUUAGUAGGCUAUAGGAUGUUGUUGAUUUAGGCUACUGUUUACCUAAUGACAUCACAAUCUGGAUAUGAACUGGAAAUGUAGCCAAACAGAUUGUCUCUUGGCUCUGUUAAUUUAGAAGCUGGCCAACAAUGUAUUGUUGUUUGUAUGGCCUUCCACUUGAACUUUUUUAUUGAACAAAGUCAGUCACGGGAGGUCAUUAACCUUGAUGUUAGAAGGCAUGACCAUGCAUGAAUAUAUACUUAAAGGAGUAGUUCAAUUUUUUACAACUUUGUUAGAUGAUUCCUCACCCUGAAAGUAGUCUGGGCCAAGAAAAAAACAUUAAUCCAUGGUUCAGUUUUCUUUAAACAGCCACAACAAACUUAAGCUAACCUUAGCCACUACAAAAUGUCCAAAUCACCUGAAAUCAAAUCAAUCUCCAUAUUUUGUUUGAUGUUACUUAAAAGGUGAUUUGGCCAUGAAAAAUAAAUAAUUAAUACAAAUUAAAAAACAUACUCACAUGCCCCCAUCACUUCCAUUGAUUGUGGCUGUUUGAAAGAACUGAACCAUGGAUUCGUUUCUCCUGGCCCAUAGACUACUUUCAGGGUGAGGAACAAUCUAACAUCAAGUUGUAAAAUGGUGAACAGUCCUUAACCAUAUAUGAUCAUACUUACUCUACACAACCAUAAUUACAUUUUGUUGUAAAGUUUCACCCACAUGGUGUAGUAGAAUAUAUGCUGCGAUGUAGCAUUGUGGUAUUUAAAUUCAGACAUUGGCCUCUGCUUACAUUACUAUGGUCCUGAGACAUUAGCAUAGCUUUUGCCGUAGCCUUUUGAGAUGAUCCUUAGUGGGUUUAUUCAAGGGCCCAAUCCCAGCCACACAAGGGACAUUCUGCAAUCAGAGCAGUACUGAGCUUCAUAACAACCCACUGAACCGGUGUGACUGUUUAUCUCUCAGCCUCAGAAAUGGGAACUGUGAUGCACAUAUUGGAACGACACUCCAUAAAAGAUAGAGGUGAAGAUUUGGUCAACAAGUACCUCCUACAUAAUAGCCAAAAAUCCAGUUUCAUCACAACAUCGAACACUUUGUCAAAUCAAUUAUAUAGACCUACAUCAUGAUCUUGCAGUACUAUCUGAAUGUGUCAUUUAAAUGUAAUGGCACCAUAGUCAAUUAAAGCAUCACGUAUUGGCCAUGUCCACGGUUCAUGUCCCAUUGCCAAAGCUAAUGUAAAAGCAGUAAUUCAGCAGGGCCUGAUAAACAGAUGCAGAGCCAUUAUAAAGGAAACCUUGUUGAGUCACUGUGCCAUUACUUCACAAUGCUGACUCCUCUCACUUCAUUAACAAGCAGUGAUAUAUUGACCAAGAAUCAUCCCUUUGUCUGGCUUUGUUCCUCCUAGUCAUAGAUGGCAGGUAGACCACCAAUCUGUUGACUUCCCAUUGGUUCUGCUGUACAGUUGUUGUUCAAUGGGAGUUUGUAUGGGACUGUAGCCUAGCUUAAAUGUCAGCCAUAAUGCCCUUUCGCUGAGUGGAGUGUGUGGGUUAGCCUAUGAGUUUUGGCUCUGCAUUUGUCUGGAUUAGCCUACAUCCACUGGCUGCUUUGCUGCUGGGUCUGUGUCGGUAUCUGUCUGAGACUGAUAGGUAGGCAAUCGGAUUUGUUCGAAAAAGUGGUUUUCCGUCAUUUUGGCAAAUUGUGCCUAGCAACAUUGCGCUCAGUGAAGAUCUGAGAGGGUAGAAUUCCGAAGAGAACACUGCCAUACUGUAUGUUAGUCACUCACAUCCACUAAAACAGGAAUGCACCACAAAUCAUGACUGUAAAGCACACUGUUUACAGCCUUCCACACCAGUCUUUAAUCGAUUUAGACCCAUUCAACCAAAUCGUAAAAUCUGCACGGCCAGUGAAUUAAUUUGUUUUGAUCAAUGAAAUGUGAAGUGGAAACAAACCUUAAGGAAAUUAAUGUUCUUAUUAGCACUUCUAGCAUCGACACUCUAUUAACUAGCAUUAGGCCUAACACUAGUCCCUAUCACUGACCUAAACCCUUCUCCCAGAGAGCUACUGUGUAUGCAGGCUAUUACUCCAACCCAGUUGUGUAAGUCACCCGAGUCAGUUAAUCAAGGUGCUAGCAAGCAGCUAAUUAGUAGAAUCAGGUGUGCUGGAAAGCCUCCAGGAGGAGGCAGGUCUCCAGGAGGAGGCAGGUCUCCAGGAGGAGGAGGGUUUUCUGCUUUACAGAACUCUAGUAGUAAGGUCAUCUCCUCUGACUCAUUUGUGAUGUGAAGUCUGAGUCAUCACUUAUUAACUGGUUGUUGUUUCUCUCCGUAGGCGGGACGGCCAAGGGUACUCUGUGCGGAGAACCGUCCGCCCCCCUUAGACGGUGCCAGCAGCCGCUCCUCUUCCCCAAAAACAAUGAGACAGACGAGGUCAUCACCUCCAUCAACGUUCCUUUAGGGGUAAGGCUGAGGGGUCACUGACAUGUCGGCCAUUGGUUUAUUCAUAGAUGUAAUGUGUGUGUGCUUUCCACUGGUAAAUGCUUGCCUUGGUUUCUACAGGUCUGCUGUCAUGGAUGAUUUUCUGUGAUUCUCAGUCCUGUAUUGUUGAACUGACUUAAGUCAUUGAUGUAGUAAAAUGAGUCAGCCAAAAUAAAGUAAAAUGCCAGGGUUAUGUGUGAUUGACUUAUCAUUCUCCCUGGCAGGUUGAGGAGUGUGAACAGGCAAACAAUGGUAAGUAUCUCUAG